GCAUUUGAAUCUUGCUUAGUAUUUACCUUGUCGAAGCAUCUCGCCUAAACGUGCCUAGGUGAUGAAGCCAAAACUAAUAGUUUGUACUAUAUGAUGAAUGUAAUGACAAUUUAUAACACUUGCGCACUUCGGUUCAAUGAUUGUAACUAACUUAAUCCUCAAUAACAAAGAAAGAUAAUUCACAUGUUCAUGAUAUCGUAGCUCAAUAGCUCACAAAGUUUUUUGAGUUAGUUGAUAGAUUGAAAGACAAGAUUAAACUUGUAGAUGAUGUUAAUUUUCCUCUUUGUCGUUGCCUAGCAUCUAGACAAGUAUUUUUUAACUAUGCAAAAAUUUCAAUAUCUAGCAAGGAUGAGGAAAAUAUACUCCUAUUGUCAAUGGUCAAGAACCGCUUAUCUCGUGAUCCUUGAAUCUCUCUAUUUUGACCGAGAUUAUGACCAAAUUCAUACAAUUUUAAAAUAUAAAAUUGGAGUAUGUUUCUCUCCUCAUAGUUAUAACACUAAGGGUGGAUUUUCUGGUUGAUUGGAUUCACAAUGUUAAUAUUAUAUCCACAUAUUAUUAAUAGGAUUUGUUUUGUACUCAAUUCUAGUGGUAAUGGUUAUUAUUAUGUGAAACAAAAAGGAUAAGAAAAAAAUGUAAGUGUUUAUUGAGCAGGGGAAAAAACGAAAAAGACAAUUAAUUCCAUGCAAAAGAAGGAAGAAAAUUAAUUAAAAUUUAAAAUGAAGAUAGGAAAUUAAUUAAAAAUUUAAAACACAAGCGACGAAGUAAGGCUUUCGCAGUGUUAUAUAUAAACCAAGUAUCGCCUUGCCGCCGCCGUCCCGUCGAUCCUUUGUCUCUGCUCCUACGCAAAGUUUUCCUCCGUCUACGUUCUCCGAUCAAGAGAUUAGGGAUAGUCCCUCUAAAUCGAUUGGAAGAUCCAAUGGAAGAGAUAACUGAGGGCGUGAACAGCAUCAACCUGGCCGGAGCCGAUGCGACCAAGAAGAACCGGAUUCAGGUCUCCAACACCAAGAAGCCCCUCUUCUUCUACGUCAAUCUCGCUAAGAGGUACAUGCAGCAAUUCAACGAGGUGGAGCUGUCCGCACUUGGAAUGGCUAUCGCCACAGUUGUAACGGUGGCCGAAAUUCUCAAGAACAAUGGAUUGGCUGUGGAGAAGAAAAUCAUGACCUCGACUGUUGAUAUGAGGGACGAUUCGAGGGGGCGGCCUGUCCAAAAAGCCAAGAUUGAGAUACUCCUUGGAAAGACUGCAAACUUUGAUGAACUGAUGGCAGCUGCUGCUGAAGAGAGGGAGGCGGCAGCAACAGCAGGAGCAGAUGAUGAAGAGCAGAGUUGAAAAGCUUCUUCUUGUUCUCAGCAUGGAGGUGCGGUCUGCUUUAGAUCAUAAUGACCAAAAAAGCUUUCUAGUUGGUUCCUCUUUCUCCUUUACCAAAAGGCAGGGAUUGUGAAGCUGUGAAUUUUUUUUUUUUGUUGUUGGUCUGUAAGAAAACUGAAAACCCCAUUUGUCAUCUGAGAUUCAAUUUUGUCAAGACUCUUGGUAGUCUUCUUUGCUUUAGUCUAGCUGUUCGUUUCUUUUCUAGGGUUUUUCAAUCAUAUGUAAGCUGUUCUCUUCAUAUCAAAAUCUUCCCAUGGUUUUGUCAACUUGAAUGAUAUUGAUGCUUCGACGUGUUCAUUUAUAGUUCAACAGCCCUAUGCGACACUAACCAUUUCGGACGAAACUGUGUAGAACUAGAAACCUCUAACAAAUUGCAAUUUAAUUAGUACCACUAAUCGCUAGAUAUGAUAUCACAAGCAGUAAUCAUGAUCACUAAUCAUUAAUACGCGGGUUUAAGCUCAUAACUACAAAAUUGGUGGAAGUUUUCUCUUGCCUAGAUUUUGAGGUGGAAAGGGCAUACUAGUGAGCCACAUUGCCCACUAAAUACUAAUACAACACUAGUCUAAAU